ACUUCUACAGAGCCGCAUGACUGAUUGACUAAGUUCACUAAGUUACAUGCGUUCUCAAUUCCUAUACUAGAUGCCUCUAAAAACUUCGUCUACAUUGUUGAUGAGCAAAGGCAAUAACAUGAUAACAUUCCAUAACAGAGAAAAUAAGAAGAGUAGCAAAGAAUUGGAAUUUAGUUUUGUUAUAACAAGUAGAACAAUUUUAUUGAAAAAGAAAAGAAUAGAAAAAACACAGCACAAAAUUCCCAUGGCAUCAAUACCCACUAAGCAAACGACUAUUACAAACCAUAAACAAAGAAAAAAAGCACAAAGCAAACAUCUUAAAAACCAAUCACACGUCUUCCCAAUUAACUUUAUACCCUCCAAUUCACCAUUUUCCUCUUUCUCUCUCUUCUAUUUUGCUUAAUUCUCAAGGCUUCUCUUCUUCAUCAUCUUCUUCUUUCUGCAACUUUUUCAAUCAAAUACGAACCCCCUGUUUCUGGGUUUGUGUUUGUUUUGUGUUCAUCAAUGGCGGACGGAGGGUUAUACACGAAACCCAAAAGGGUACCAACAACCCAAACACAAAACAAAAAGAAACCAAGUAAGUUUUACUCUAAUUUCUUAUUCAAAGCCACAAUUAUCUCAAUUUUCUUAGUUACAAUCACCCUUUUUCCUUCAGAAGCUCCUGAAAUUGUUAGCCCAUCAUUUUUUUCACGAUGGUGGGAGCUUCUUCAUUUGAUUUUUGUGGGAAUUGCUGUUUCUUAUGGUUUAUUUAGCCGUAAAAAGGUUGAUGAUGAUUCAGAGGGUGAUAUUGAUACUGCUCAGUCUUAUGUUUCUAAAUUGCUUCAAGUUCCUUCUGUUUUUGAUGAUGAUGCUGAUUCCCCAACUGGGUCUCCUGAUAAUCAUAUUCAUAAUCAUAGUUUAAAUAAUAAUAGUAAAGUUCAAACAUGGAGUUCUCAGUAUUAUAGAAAUGAACCUAAGCUUGUUGUUGCUAACAAUAGUGCUAUUGUGGAUGAUAAUAAAUCUGGGUUUGGUGAAAAACCAUUGUUAUUGCCUGUUAGGAGUUUGAAAUCAAUGGUUUCUGAUGGUAAUGAUGUUGAUUCUGGGGUUUCUAGGGUUUAUGCUAGAUCAAAUUCUAAGGAAUCAUCAAAUGAUUCGAGAAGAAUUAGUAGAAAUGAUGUUAAAUUGGUUAGUGAGGAGGAUUCUGGGGUUUCUAGAGGUUAUGCUAGAUCAAAUUCUGGUGUAAGUGCAAAGAGUGGGAAUGAUUCUAGGAGAAUGAGCAGGAAUGAUAGUGUGAAAUCUCGAGGCUCGGUUCAUAGUGAAUUUGGGUCUGUUAAUGGGGAUGGUGAGGUUUCUAGAUCAUUGAGUAGGACUAAUUCGAAUUCGAGUUCGAGUUCAAGGGGUUUUUCAAGGAUUUCAAGGAAACCCUCAGGUGGGGAUUAUGGGGGAUUGGAUGAUGAAGUUGUUGAGGAGCGUAAGGAGAAGGUUGAAGAGAGUGUUGUGCUUCCAUCUCCAAUUCCGUGGAGAUCGAGAUCAGGGAGGUUGGAAGUUAAUAAAGAAUCCAUUGAUUCUUCCUUGCAUUCACUCCCUGCAUCACUUGAGGAGAGUGGGGCUGCUCAACUCUUGAGAUCAGAGUCUUCUCUGUCAUCUCGAUCUAGCUCAUCGUCUUCUUCACCUAAGAAGCUCUCUCCAUCCCCUACACUGUCCUCACCAAAGAAGCUGUCUCCUGCACCAUCCUUAUCAUCAGAGUCUCUAGCUAAAAGUGUUGAGGAUUAUGGGAGAAAGAAGCCUGUUUAUAGUUCCCAUCUCCCACCACCUCCGCCUCCUCCACCACCUCCACCUAGUCAUAAAUCACAAUUUGUGAAGGUGAAUUCCAGUGAGCUCAAUGAUGAAAAGUCCAGUCGUCGCAAGGAGUUUAAACGAAUAUGGAGUGAACCAAAGGACAUAGGCGGGGCAAAUAGGGAGGAACCAUUGAACAGAAGUUAUACUGGUUUUGAAACAAAACCUAGAAGUGGCAGUGAUAGUUCAUCUGUGGGGAAGUCUGUUAGAACUGUUAGAGCUGGUGAUAUGAUAUCUGCAAGGAAAUCCCGAGAUGUUGAUGAAGAAAACAGAAGAUCAGUGGAAAAUGAUUCAGAGUCAUCAGACAUGUCUGAAAAGUCAGAGAGAAAAACUACAGGUUACAAUCCAAUUUCAAGGGGAUCUUUCACAGAAUACCCAAAGGAAACUAGGGAUUUUCUUGAACAAGUUCUGGUGAGAAGUGAUGAUGAUUCUGAAAGCGAGGAUGAUAACUAUGUUGAAGAACGAGUGGAAACAGCAAAGGUUGAGGAACCGCCUUCUGAUAAUGUUGAUGAGGGGCCUGAUGUUGAUAAGAAAGCUGAUGAGUUCAUUGCCAAAUUCAGGGAGCAGAUCAGACUUCAACGAAUUGAAUCCAUUAAGAGAACAGCUGGGCAACUUAAAAGAAGCUCUGUGAGGUAAUGAAGGUUAUUUUAGCUGUCUUAUUCGCAUCACUUGUCUUCCUUAGGGCUUAGGGGCCAUAUCUUUGUAAUUUUAGUUAUCAUCGGAAUUUUACUUGGAUACACAAUGUAUAGAAAUUUGCAAAGAUUACUCUGUAAUCAGCUAUGACAUACAAAUAGUAUCUGCUCAAUGCUACCAUAUUGUAGCUUAUGACUAUGAACCUUAUAUUGUGCUGAAGAUGUCCAUUUGUCAUUAGAGAUUUGAGUUGUAAGUUGUAACUCCUGUAAAUUGGCAGUGAAGCUCAGCCAACUAGUAAAAUUUCAUAGGUAAAAUACUUUGAAAUCAAUUAUGAAGCCUUUUUCCUGAUAGAAUUUUGGGUUGCUGAGCUUUGGUAGUGUAACACAUAGCCAAUGAAAAUUAAUCUACAGAGUUUCUAGUGUCGAAUAUUAAAAUGUAAUGCACUCGAAAGGGAAUUCUGAAUGUUAGUCUUGGAUUGA